GGAAGAAGGCAGGGAACCCGGAAGUAAACAUCGGAUCGCUUCGUUUCUGGCGGAUGGUAUUUAGUAGUCUGUGGCGGGACUGGAGGGCAUUGGUUUAUCAUGGCGGCGGCAGCUGUGGAUCCAGUUAGUGCCACGCCCAUGACGGGAUCAAAGGAUAUGAGUUUGGAGGAGCCAAAAAAGAUGACCAGAGAGGACUGGAGGAAAAAGAAGGAGCUAGAAGAACAGAGAAAACUGGGCAAUGCUCCUGCAGAAGUCGAUGAAGAGGGAAAAGAUAUCAACCCUCAUAUUCCUCAGUAUAUUUCCUCGGUUCCAUGGUACAUUGAUCCAUCAAAAAGACCCACUUUAAAGCACCAGAGACCACAGCCAGAGAAACAGAAGCAAUUCAGUUCAUCUGGGGAAUGGUACAAGAGAGGCGUAAAGGAGAAUUCUAUAACUACCAAGUACCGCAAAGGUGCGUGUGAGAACUGUGGAGCCAUGACACACAAGAGGAAAGAUUGCUUUGAGAGGCCAAGGCGGGUUGGAGCUAAAUUCACAGGUACUAACAUCGCUCCAGAUGAGCACAUACAGCCUCAGCUGAUGUUUGACUAUGAUGGGAAGAGAGACCGCUGGAAUGGCUACAAUCCAGAAGAGCACAUGAAAAUUGUCGAGGAAUACGCCAAAGUUGAUCUGGCAAAACGAACAUUGAAAGCACAGAAACUGCAAGAAGAGUUGGCCUCUGGAAAAUUAGUCGAGCAAGCUAAUUCUCCAAAACACCAGUGGGGAGAAGAGGAACCCAAUUCUCAGAUGGAAAAGGAUCAUAACAGUGAAGAUGAGGAUGAAGACAAGUAUGCAGAUGAUAUUGACAUGCCUGGGCAGAAUUUCGACUCUAAGAGACGCAUUACUGUUCGGAAUCUCAGGAUUCGUGAAGAUAUUGCGAAAUAUUUGAGAAAUUUAGAUCCAAAUUCUGCCUAUUAUGAUCCAAAAACUAGAGCGAUGAGAGAGAAUCCUUACGCCAAUGCAGGAAAGAAUCCAGAUGAAGUGAGCUACGCUGGAGAUAACUUUGUUCGAUACACAGGCGAUACCAUCUCAAUGGCUCAAACACAAUUGUUUGCUUGGGAAGCCUACGACAAGGGGUCUGAAGUGCAUCUCCAGGCAGAUCCUACAAAACUAGAGUUGCUGUAUAAGUCCUUCAAAGUCAAAAAAGAAGACUUCAAAGAGCAGCAGAAGGAGAGCAUCCUGGAAAAGUACGGUGGCCAAGAACACCUAGAUGCUCCUCCAGCUGAGCUGCUCUUAGCCCAGACAGAAGACUAUGUGGAGUACUCCAGGCAUGGAACGGUCAUUAAAGGCCAGGAGCGGGCUGUCGCCUGCUCCAAGUACGAGGAAGACGUGAAGAUCAACAACCACACGCACAUCUGGGGAUCUUACUGGAAAGAAGGCCGCUGGGGCUACAAAUGCUGUCACUCUUUCUUUAAGUAUUCCUAUUGUACUGGAGAAGCUGGGAAGGAGAGUGUCAAUUCAGAGGAAUGUAUUAAUGAUGCGACUGGAGAAGAGUCUGUGAAGAAACCUCAGACCCUCAUGGAGCUGCAUCAGGAGAAACUAAAAGAGGAGAAGAAGAAGAAAAAGAAGAAGAAGAAACACCGAAAGAGCAGCUCUGACAGUGACGAUGAGGAGAGGAAGCAGGAGAAACUGAAAAAGGCACUGAAUGCAGAGGAGGCUCGCCUUCUUCAUGUGAAAGAGAUCAUGCAGAUUGACGAGCGGAAGAGGCCCUACAACAGUGUAUAUGAAACCCGAGAGCCCACAGAAGAAGAAAUGGAGGCCUACAGGAUGAAACGGCAGAGGCCAGAUGACCCCAUGGCCUCUUUCCUAGGACAGUAACUCGUCAGGGUCACACACACACACAGCAUGUCCUUCUCAGCUCCUUGCUGCCUAUAGGUAGAAAAUCUUUAUCUGUCUUCUUGCUGCCUGACAUUAAUACAUUUUUCUGAAGUCUCAAA